CGUCAUCCUUUGUUGACGAUAGAAUGUAUUUAAAAUGUCAAUAAAACAUAUUAUUUAAAUAAAUAACACUUGUAUUAGCAUUUUUAAAAUAUAUUUAUAUACAUUCAUUUUCACUUAGAUUUUUCAACAAUUUUCUAAUUUUUUAUUUAAUCUAAUUCUUGCCUCGCGUUCAGCCAAGAGUAUGUGGUCAGGGGGGACAAGAAGUCAAGGGAAAAGUCUAUUAAUACCUGCAGCUGGUGUCCUGUGAAUCAGCAGGACAGGAAUAGUCGAGUGUGCAGCUGCAGUGGUUGUUUGUCGUGACAUGGCCUGCAAAAAUGACACUCGGAAAUCAAAACCUCCACAUCAACCUGAGCAGAUAAACAAAGUGGAAGAGGACAAGUCAGCUGUACAAGUACAAGUACAAGACCUUCAACCAGAAGUCCCCGAUGCUACUGUAAGAGUGGAAGGCGAGAGUUUUUAUGUCAACCGUCGGUGUCUGGCCAACCACAGUCCCUACUUCAGGGCUCUGUUCUUUGGCGGUGGAGUGGAAAGUGGCAAAAGGAGAAUUGAAAUCAAAGGUGUGGCUGUGGACUUUUUCAAGAUCUUGAUGGAACAUAUAGUGACAUCAAAGCUAGUUUUGGAUCGAGAAAAUGUGCUGGGGAUUCUUGAGACGGCAGACUAUCUCCAACUGGGGCGAGCCAGGCUGUUGUGCUGCAAAUUCCUGGAGCGAGAGCUGCAUCUGAGCAACUGUCUGGGAAUGAUGGGAUACGCCUGGCAGCGUGGUUACACUCAGCUCUACGGUGCUGCACAACAGGUUGUGCUCUCACACUUUUCCGCCAUCAUCAAUGAAGAGGACUUCCUGCACUUACCCAAGGAGACAGUAGCACAUAUUCUUGCCAGCGACGACCUGGCCAUCAGUAAGGAUGACACAGCCCUGGAGGCCGUCCUGCGCUGGGUAUCGUUUGACUCUAAACGAGAGGACAGCUUUCUGGAGCUCAUGGAGCUGGUGAGGCCUGAAUCCCUCUCUUUGUCUUUUGUCACUGAACUUUUGACCAAAAUGAAGAGCUCUGACCCCAAAGCGAAGCUCAUUUGCAUGCUAAAUGAACACUUCCCAGCGUCCUGGUCAAUGGGCCGGUCAUUGAGGAGGACCAGGGCCAGAGAGACCCUUUUUGUCCUGGGUGGACCUCAUGAUCAGGAGCAACAGGCGCUGUACCAGUUUCACCCUCUGACCGGUAGAUGGCAAAGCUGUGCACCUCUGCAGAGAAAGAACCUCACGCAGUACUCAGUAGCUGCAGUAGGAGACAACGUGGUUGUUACUGGCGGCUACUUCCGGGAUGUGCUGUGGUUCAGUGUGGACUGGGUCAGUGUGUACGAAUGUGGAAACCAACGCUGGGUGAGCGCCCCGGCCUUACAGAAGUCCAGACACAGUCACUGCUCCAUCGGGUUGGACUCUGUUCUGUUUGUCCUCGGUGGAAGUAUGGACGAAGGUCUGGUGGCCGAUGUAGAGAGGCUGGUCCUGGGGUCGGAGGAGGGGUGGGCGGGGGUCAGCCCAAUGGUCAGGGCUGUGGAGAGGGCAGCUUGUGCCGCUCUGGGGAUGUGUAUCUAUGUGGCGUGCGGCCUGGAUGAAAACGGGGACGUGUACAGUGGAGUACAGAGAUACGCGGUGCAGAGUGACCAAUGGGACGUCGUCUCCUACUCACCAUUUCCACGGUACGACCUGGCCGCCACCGAGCUAAAUGGCGCCCUCUACCUUCUUGGAGGCCAAAGCUUACGUUUUGACGUGGAAACCGACGAGUGGACGCUGCUGGAGGAGGAAUUUUUGGAAAGGAAGUUCUUUUGUGGCUGCGCCAUAGUCAACAAUCAGAUCUACCUGGUCAGUGAGAGGAAGGGCAACAAAACGUUUCCAAACAUGGUGCUGAUGGACCCUUACAUAGACACGUGCCUCGAGAUAGACGACGCCAUUCCCUGCCCUGUUCCUAUCAGAGGGAGCGUCACUAUGAGAUUGGUCAUGUGACAGUGUGUUUUUCUGUACCUGUACUUUGUACCAUUAUUUUUGGACUACAGAUUUUUUAAAUCAGAAGAAAAAAAAUCUUCCAUUACUUAAAACAACUGAACUAAUAUACAUG